AUGGGGAAAAUUGCAACUUACAAUAAUAUGGUAAACCAAAAGAAUAUAAAAACCAGACCAAAAUAUGGACGACCUUGUGAUAACUGCUCCAUAAGAAGAGUCAAAUGCGGUAAUGUUAUACCUUGUCCAAAUUGUAUAAGGCAUAACUUACCUUGUACGAACGAUCGGGGAAGAAGAAAAAAAGGACCAAAGAAUGUAAGACCAAAAACAAUGGAGAGCAUUUAUCGAAGAUACAAUCUCUCGGAGAAUCUGGAAGAGGUGACUAUUUACAAUUUUCAACCUCAGGUGAUGCUCGCUGAAUUAAUUCCAUUUUUUCAAGUAUACCAAACUUGGUUUUAUGAGAUUUGGCCGAUUGUAUCGGUUGCCCAACUCACGUCUAGUGUUUCUAGGAAGGACUUGUGUGAGUUGGACGUUAAUCAUCAAAAUAUUCAGUCUUAUGCGUUGUGCUGUGCACUCGCUGGUGCUUUGAAGCAACAUAUUGACUGCCUUUCACCUCUGGAAAAGAUUUUUGAGGUUCCUAAUAAUGUAUCUUCGGCGGAUUUUAUAUCUGAGUGUUUGAGAGCACGCAAUUUUUGCGACUACAGAUCGAACCCAACCAUAGAAUCUGUAUUGGUAUCGUUUUUCCUUCACGUAUACUAUUCCAGUGCAAAACUGAAUACGUCGGCAAUUUUGUAUUUGAAAGAAGCCAUUGCCAUUGCUGAGUUGCUUGGCUUACACGAUAUCACAAAAUACUCAAAUAAGCCACGAGAGGAAAAGCAUCGGCUCAGAAACAUUUACUACAUUCUUGUAGUUGCUGAAAGAUUCACAAGUCUUGAAGCCGAUUUUUCAGUUCUUUUGGAUGCGAGUCUUCCCUAUGAACAAAGCUCAGUUGGUGAUUUGUCUCAGAUUGUAAAGGUAUUUGCCUUACCUGAUAAAUCUUUUUUCAUGAAGAGGUUCAACUGUAACAUUUCAGUAAAAAUGAUUCCUGGAAUUCAAGACGAGCUCUAUAAAAUAAGAAUCGGAGAGAAUUCUUCAGAAAUUCAAAAAGUGAAUAUCUUGUUGAGCAAGAGCUGGAUGCAGCUGCUCGUUUGGAAUUUUUGCAAUGAGAAGGAAUUCCCAAACCGCUUACCGAAUGACUGCUUCAGCACAAAUUACCCUAUACAGAUUGCAAGGGAUCUUUUGGAGACCACUCAAACCGUACCUUUCUACGCUUUUGAAACCAAUGGACCGUGUGUGACAACAAAAUUGUUAACUGUGGCCGAAAGUUUGAGCGAUGCUAUAAACGAAAAUAAUUUCAGCAUUGGGUAUAAUGCUUUGACGUCUGUUUUGGAGAUAAUCUCACGCCUAAACCUGAAUAGCAAUUUUAUCCCCAGUGUUUUACAGCAAAAAUUGCACCAAAUAUCACAGUGGCUGUGGACUAAUUCUUUUAAAUUUGGUGAUCCGAUGAAGGUGCAAAUGCUUGAUGAAAAUGAAUACAUAGAGGAAGAGGCUAACUCAAGAGUUGACAGAUGGUCGCCGAUGCUGUCUUAUAGUGUCUUCUAUGAAGCUACAGGUGAUUUUAAUGUUUGA